AUGGCUGGGCCGAAGCGGAGAGGCGACGGACGGAGUCCAAGUCCGACAGUUCGCGAAAUCGACGACCGCAACUCGGACUUUACAGAGACGUCUCAAUUACUUGGCUCAAAUGGAUCUGGAGCAAGAAAAGACAGCUGGGACAACGAUCUCGACUUUCAACAUUUGCCCUGGUGGCGCAGGCCGUCUGUAUUCUGGCUUCUCGGUCCUUACGCCGUCUUCACCCUUGCUUUUGGAGGCAUCAUCGUUCCCAAGCUCAAUCUAAUUCUAGAUCUCGUCUGCAAGCAAUACUUUGCUGAUGAACAGCUUGCUGACCCCCAUUUCACCUACAAGCCCAUUGUACUGGGGUCCGACAACCCACAAUGCAACAUUCCAGCCGUUCAACGAAACGUCGCUGAAUUCAUGCUGACCUUGAACCUCGUCAUCGGCGGCCUGAGUGCCAUCGUCGCUCCAAAACUGGGCCAUCUCUCUGAUCGAUAUGGCCGACGAAAAUUGAUGGCUCUUGCAUCCUGCGGUGGUGUUUUGAGUGAGAUUGUCACUAUCCUCUGCGCCAAAUACCCUCAGACGUUCAACUACCGGUGGAUGAUUCUCGGUGCUGUCUUCGAUGGCAUUACAGGCUCUUUCACCGCCGGCAGCAUCCUCAGUCAGUCAUACACGAGCGACUGCACUCCUCCGUCCAAGAGGGCCGUGUCCAUUGGUUAUAUCCAUGCUUGCCUCUUCACCGGCCUUGCUCUGGGUCCUCUUAUGGCCGGCUAUUUCGUCAAGUGGACCGGAACGCUCAUUUCAAUCUUCUAUGUUGCUCUUGGCUGCCACACAUUCUUCAUCCUCUUCGUCCGCUUUAUCUUGCCAGAGUCUCUUUCAAAGCGAAGGCAGAUGCUAGCUCGCGAGAAAUUGGCCAGAUCUGAAGCUGAGCAAGAUGGUAGCGAGGGCUCCUCAUCUCGCCUCCUUCACAACCCCUUUGCGACUUUCAAGAUUCUGUGGCCAACUGGCCCUGGAACUUCUUCAAGGCUCCGAAUCAACUUGGUCGCACUGGCCAUCGCCGACACCAUCAUCAUGGGAUCCAUGAUGGCUGUGGGUAACGUACUGAUGCUCUACAGCGAAUACAUGUUCAACUGGGGCAAUUUUGAGACGUCUCGUUUCAUUUCCUCCUUGUCCAUGAUUCGUGUCUUUGUGCUGAUGGUCAUCUUCCCCAUUAUCAACUACGUCUUCCGCAUCCGACCAGCAGCCCGGCGGCGACGAGAGUCUGGGCAACCUCACAUAGAAGCAAACUCUGGAGCGGACAAUCUAGACGUUUGGGUGCUCAGAUUCGCUUUGACUUCGGAUUUGCUGGGAUGCAUUGGAUACAUCUUCGCUCGAAAUCAACACCUCUUUUUCGCCAGCGGAAUGGUCACCGCCCUUGGGGGCCUUGGAAGCGCCACUGUUCAAGCAGCCGUCACUAAGCAUGUCCCCGCGUCGCGUAUUGGGCAGGUCCUUGGCGCUGUUGGUUUCAUGCAGGCGCUCUCACGAGUCAUUGGGCCCGUUUUAUUCAACGGCUUAUAUGCGAUGACAGUAGGCGUGUUCCCACAAGCCAUCUUUGUGCUCCUUGGUGGACUCUUCAGCAUCGGUCUGACAUGUGCUUUUAUCUUGAGACCUCAUAUCCACUGGGAAGAUGUUGGAGAGGAACAGUUUGAGCAGCCACCAAACCGCUCCUCGGCGCGUCUUGACGCCGGCGCCGCCCUUCUUUCAGCAAACGAAGACUCGAAUUUUAUUUAG